CUUAUUUCUCACACGAAAAUGUAAUGGAAGUAAUUUCGUUGUCGAUUUUGAACAGAUUAUAUUCAUUUUAUAUUAAUUUUUUCAGAAUUAUUCAUUUCUAUUAAUAAUCGGUGAAUUUUUAAUUUUUUUAUUGUAUUCAAAUUAAUUGAGAAAAUCGAAGAUACCAGAGCCAUUACAAAAUUCAAAAAGAAGCGCGGGCGCCAAACUUUUUAAAUAGUAUGGCGGUAGUGACAUGUGAAACUGAUAGAUUUUAAUUUAAAUUACUAUCAAACAAAUGUUAAAAACUGCCAAAUUAGAAACGCAAAUACAAAAUUUAUAAACAUUACAACAAAAUGGGAACAGCACAAGAAAGAUUAUAUGCUUCUUGGGCACAACAAGAUAGAUAUCGCUACACGGCUCGCUCGCCAUUUCGGUCUGCAGUAUGUCAAGACUUAAAAUCGCCAGAUUUUACUUCCAAUUAUCGAAAAAGAUUAGGUACAGAAUGGGUACCUGUUACAACAAGUCGUCCUGACCCACCACUUCUUGUCCAGCCAGCAGAAAUUUAUCAUACACAUGUGGGACACAUCCCCAAUUAUGGUGGACACAUACCUGGGGCCGUUUUCAGAUUUGGAAAAACCUUUGGAACUGAUACCAAAGACGCAAAACGAUGGUUGAGAGGAGAUUUCAGUGUCUAAUGGAAUAAUAAUUUCGAUACACGACAAAAAACAAAUAUUUUUUAAAUACCACUGAAAUAAAUGAAACUUAAUUGAUGAUAAAUGUAUUUCAAAUUAUAUGCAUGAAUUAAAAAAGGAUAAAACUUUAAA